CUGUCGCACCCGCCGGGUUUGGCGCCCCUCCUGAUCGGGUAUGGUGCUACGUCAGAUCCGCGUGCUCGCACGGCCCGGCUGCGCCCGCAACAUAAAUACAAGCCGCUCAUCUCCAACGUCGCUUUCUUGUACUCUCGACUUCUUCCUUCAUCCCUCUCUCUUUUCCUUCACUCGGCCCCUACCUCCUAAAAAUGCGCUUAUCACCAAUGCCUUUCUAAUCGCUCAAUCGCCAAGUAUUUACGCUGUUCGGCACUGUUUCCCUGGAGCUCUUCUUUGCGUUCCGGCUUAUUCUCACUACUUCACUCGACUCAUUCUACAAUUUCAACUCGAGUCUGAGCUUCAUCUACGCUAAGCAAUCGAGAUCCGCCUACUCUCUACCAUCCAGGAUGCCUCUCUUUGUCCGUGGCGGCCGACUUCGCGUCUGCCUGAUCUCGACUGCGUCCGAUACUGAGACAUUGA